AUGAAACCAACAAGUAUGGGUAAACCAGUGAACAAAACCGUCCUAUUGUCGCAGCACAUGGGGGGGGGGGAUCCAAGGAGCUCACUUGUGCAGGAACCUGGGCAGUCCGGGAAUUACCGUCAUGGUCCUGGACUGCUUUUCCAGCACUUCAUGCUCUUGCAGAAAAUGGUAUGUGUUAUUUCGUUCCUUUUGACUUCCUCAGAGCUCUUCCGUUUACGAGGAGGCAUUGCGGAGUCGAUUGAUUUGGUUUCUAAUCGGCAGGUGAAGAUACGUGUCAAAAUCGACAUCCCUCAGACGCAAUACCCUAAUUUUAAUUUUGUUGGCAAACUUCUGGGACCCGGAGGUUCUACUUUACGAGCUGUUCAAGAAAGUACCAAGACAAAAAUGGCCAUUCUAGGUGCCGGGUCUUUGCGCGACGAGGCGAAAGAGCGUGAGCUUCUAUCCAAUGGUGACCCUAAGUAUCAGCAUCUGAAGCAGAAGUUACAUUUGCAAGUGGAUAGUCUCGCACCUCCAGCAGAGGCAUAUUAUAGGUUAUCCCAUGCCCUUGCCGAACUCAGAAAAAUCAUGCUUCCGGAGUCUACAGAGUUUCCGCCCCCACCAUGGGUUCCGGGUGGCUCACCUUCGAUGAUGAAUCCUAGAGGCGGAGGGCCAAUGCGCGGUGGUCGUUCUCCUCACCCUCGUGGUGGCUUUGUUCCGACAGCUGGUUCACCGUCCUUCCGCGGGCGUGGAAAGCCAUGGAUAAACCGCGGAGCAGCUGCCAACGGUACUCCCGUAAUUCCCCCUCCUCCUCCUCCGGCUCCUGUAGUUCAAGAAGCUUACGGAAAUGGAGCACAACCCACUGUUUAUCCCACCAUGCCAGUGUACGAUCAAACCGAUUACAGUGCUAACGUGUAUGAAGAUUUCGGUGCCAGUUAUGGUGAGUGCCCUGCGCAUGUUCAAUUUAUGUAG